GAUUAUAUAAGGGAGAAAAAAUUGUGUAACUGGUAAACCCCGUAAUCACACACACACUAGCAUAUAGGUGCUUCACUCGCUAAUAUCACGGCGCGGACUCCUUGCUUUGUUACUAGUCCGUGGUUUUACGUAGGUAAAGUCUAAGUACGCUUUAUAGAUCUCAGCCUCAGCAAACGCCAACAAAUGACAAUCGAAUGAAGGACUAGCAUCCAUGGUCAUAAAAUAAAUUAAAAAAUAAGUGACAUCUGUUGGUAUAAAAAAAACAGCCCAACACCAAACGAAUAAUAAAAUGGCGGUCAAGUAUAGCAUCGUAAAUACAGUGUGUUUUUGUGAAUUGUGUAUGUGUUUUCUACCAAAAUGUGACCAAAAGUGCGAAUAAGCUUUAAAUUAUGGAAAAUCUGUCUACCGAUCAAAUAUUGGACUGCCAACAGUUAUGUCAUAGUGAUAAAAGCUGCAUUGCAUAGGAGGUCAAUGAUUCGAGCUGCAACAUCAAUGUAUAAAAAUGGGAGACUCCCAUUUUUUGCGUAUUUUAGCAUUAAUAGUGUUAUUAUUACAAUGUGCGCUCGCUGACAACUAUGAAUGUCCUCAAAAAUGUGUCUGUCUGGAACAGUAUGUAGAUUGCUCAAAUAAAAAAUUGGUUUCGGUGCCAAGAAUUCCCGAGUGGGUGGAACAAUUGGAUUUGAGUCACAACAAAUUAAGUAAAGAUGUAACUGGAGGUUUUGAUAAAUUGGUAUCUUUGAAGAUUAUUAAACUAGAAAAGAAUGCUCUAGAGAUUAUACCUAGUUUUGUUGAUUGUAUUCAAGUCCGUGAAAUAAAUUUGAACAAAAACAACAUCGUCUCAAUAGACGUUGGGCGCUUUCCCGUAAACAGUACUAUCAAUACACUUAGUCUAAAUAUCAAUCGCAUUCGAAUCAUUCAAGAAGGAGCUCUUAACAACCUAACAAACCUUAUUACUCUGAAACUCAACAAAAAUGAAAUAACAUCAUUACCAAAUCAUUUGUUUAUGAACCAAUCAAAUCUUAAGACAUUGGAACUCAACCAUAACAAGAUUAAUGUUAUCAAUGGAUUACUCUUCCAAGGACUAUCCAGUCUAACUACAUUGAAAAUAAGAUAUAAUAAUAUUGAUAACAUAAUGGAUGGUGCAUUUUUUGGAUUUAAAUCAGUUAAUGUACUACAAUUAGACAAUAAUAAAAUAAAAAGUAUUUCCAAAGGCUGGAUGUAUGGUCUGGAGUCACUUCAUACAUUAUCUUUGUCCAAUAAUUUGAUAUCUCAUAUUGAUUUGGGGGCAUGGGAAUUGUGUACAAACUUAGAAGUGUUAAAUUUGUCUCAUAAUUAUCUAAUGGAGAUUGAAGGACGUAAUUUUCAGUAUCUCAUUAAUCUGCGUAUACUUGAUUUACAUAGUAACAACAUAUCCUCCAUAUCUCAAGAAGCAUUCAGCCACAUGGUGCAGUUACAAACAUUGAUGUUGAAUAACAACAAAAUAUCCUGGACUGUUGAAGAUAUGUCUGGCCCUUUUUCCAAGCUACAAAAUUUGCAUGUUUUCAAUUUAGCUGCAAACCAUAUUAAAUCGAUAAGUUCUAGAGCUUUUGAAGGUCUUACAAACGUAAUUGAAUUGGAUUUGAGAAAUAAUAAUAUCACAUCAAUACAACCACAUGCAUUUGAUUCUAUGACAAAGUUAAGCAAAUUUCAGUUAAACACUUCAUCAUUGCUGUGUGAUUGUAAGAUAUUGUGGAUGGUAAAGUGGAUUAAAGAGAAACUUGAACAUAAAUAUAUAUCAGCAACAUGUGCAUAUCCAGCAGAUGUUCGUGGUACAUUCAUUCACAAACUCAAAGAGGAAAACUGUGGUGAUUCACCAAAACCUAAGAUAGUAGAACACCCCAAAUCACAUCUUGCAAUUAAGAAUCGUGAGGCCAAUUUAGUUUGUUCUGCCACAUCAAACCCUUCCAGUAAUAUGACAUUCCUAUGGCGAAAAAACAAUGGAAAUGUAAGUAAUCCAACUGUGUUUGAAAAUGUAACACUUCAAGGGCAGCAAGCUACUUCUGUUCUUGUAAUACCAGAUGUAUCUCAGAUGGAUUCUGGCAAAUAUCAAUGUGUGGUUAGCAACAAAUUUGGUACAACAUAUUCAAGCAAAGCAAAAGUUAAUAUUGUCACCUUUCCUAGGUUCAUUAAAGAACCUACAAAUGUCACAGUAAGGACGGGAGAAACUGUAACACUGAACUGUGCUGCCACAGGAGAUCCACCACCUGAAAUAUCUUGGAAGAAGGAUGGUGGAAAUGAUUUUCCAGCAGCUCGGGAAAGGCGGAUGAAUGUUAUGCCAACUGACCAUCUGUUUUUUAUAGUGAAUGCAAAAACCACUGAUAUGGGAGUUUAUAGCUGUGCAGCUAAAAAUCCUGCUGGUACCAUUAUAGCUAAUGCCUCAUUGACUGUAUUACAAGAACCCUCUUUUAUAAGAGUUUUGGAAAACAAAGAGGUUACCAGUGGAGACUCUGUUGUAUUGCAAUGUAUGAUCACAGGAUCACCUAAGCCUGUUAUUAAAUGGCUUAAAGACGGGUCUCCAAUAAUUACUUCAGAUCGACACUUCUUGACAGCAGAUGAUCAACUGUUAAUAAUUAUUAAUUCCAAAUCAAGUGAUGCAGGUCAUUAUGAGUGUGAAAUAACUAAUGAGCUUGGCACUAAAAAAGAUAUGAUAGAAUUGAAAGUAUUACCUCCUGUAGCAAUUAUGGUAAAAGAAGAGAAUAUGACUGGUAUAAUUAUUAUAACAGUAGUGUGUUGUGCUGUUGGUACAUCCACCAUAUGGGUGGUAAUAAUAUACCAUACACGGAGACGCAUGGCAGGUGCAGUGCGAAAUUAUCCCACCGAAAGUGUGAAAAUGACACAAGUGGUACAUAGUGAUAGUGAAUCCCCUCACAUCUUCCCUGAUAAUAUAUCUGAACAUUCCUCAUGCAAGGACAGUGGAACAGGUGAUUCUGCUAAACAAACUAGUUUUGAUGGAGUGCCCACCGAAAGGAGUGAGCAAGUGCAUUUUGAGACUGCAUUAUGUCAUAGUUACUCCCCAGUGCCAGAAGCUCAUAAGCUUCUACCCUCUUCCUUUAAGCCGUCUAUUCAAGUUUGUGUCAAUACAUGUGUUACACCAGCUACUUAUAGUUUCUCUAGUCACAAUAGUAAUGUAUAGCUCGAAAAAAUUGUAUUAAUGUUAUAAUAUGCAUUGCAAUUUCACUAACUCUGACAAUAUUACAAAUGUUUAUAGUUACAGUUCAGUACAAUGUCCAAUAAAGCUAUUUAGUAUUUUUACAGUAAAAAUAAUAAUAAUAUAUACAUGGAAUUCCAAAAUAUAAGGGUUACAUAGUGCCUCAAUACAUGAUAUGUUAGUGAAAGAGCAGUGUCCUGUAGGGUUUAGUACAAAAUGUGUUUAGUAAAUACUUGCCAGUAUUGGUUUGAUGUAAAAGACUGAAUGUCAUGUAUGUGUUUGUAUGAAUAUUGUUAUUUUAUAAUCUUUACAUUGAGUAAAAGUAGACUACAAAAUAAGCUGUAUAGUAUGUAAGCUGUAUAAUUUAUGUGUUGUUAUUGAAUUUUAUGUUAUUUUAUAGUAGUUGAUUAUUCUCCAAGCGUAAGAUUAAUAAAUAUUCACAUUGUAUUUCAAAUUUCGGAAAUAGCUACUUCUUAAUUCAAUUAAAUCUGUAAAUUGGCUUUUAAUGAAAUCUAAAUGCUUGGGCAAUAAAAAGGCAUUUAAUGUAAUUAUAAUUCCAUUAAAUUAUAAUUAUCUGUGAAAGAAAUAGAACUUAACUCAUUAAUUACUACAACACAUUGAAGUAUAACACAUUAUAUAGUGUGAAAUGUGGGAAUGAGUGUGAAGACAUUGAUAAAAUCAUAAAAUAGGGUUUAUUCCCAUCAAUAUCCUAUUUUUAAAACAAACCCUUUUGUUGAAAAACACAAAACACACAUUCUUAUUUAGAUGGAGCAGGUUAUGUGAUGUUUGGGGCUACAAUUGUUGGAUGUUAUAGUUACACUGCUUGUCCCUUAUAUUUUUGUAAAAAAUUGGUUUUUGAUAUUCAAACAGUACAAUCUUUUAUCAGGUAGUUGGUUGUAGAACAGGAGUUGAUAUGUAUAGCCAUUCUUAAAAUAUACUAAGUGAACAUACUUAUAAUUCUAGUGCAUUUUAUGAAAAUAUGUAAAACAAAAUUUAAAAUUUGAAAAAUGCUAUUAGUAUUGCUGUCCAUCUUCCCGAUGCUCAACAAUAUUACAGAAGAAGACCUAGAUGAUGCUUUACUUGGUUACAACAAGGAAAAAAUAAAGUUCACUCCAAUUUACCUAGAGAGCCUGAAAAUAUGUUACAAGCCCAGUCAUAGAAUUUCGAAAAAGCUAAGACUAUUGAACAAAUCACUAACAUUUCGCUUAGACUGGAAAUAAGAACUUCCAACAUAAGCUCACUCAAGCAAAUUUACUAUUUGGUUAGCGAAAGCUUCCGUUACUCUUCUGUUGUUGCAAGAGAAUGUGGGUGGUGGUGAUCACUUGACAUAAGUAGAAAAAAUUUUAACCCCUGGUGUUGUGGAUGUCCAUGUUUGGCCCACCUAUUAUAAAGAAAAUGUUGCGUAGAUGGAACAUUUUGCAUAAUGCUAUUGAAAUAAUCAAAUAUUUUUAUGACUAUAAUUGUAUCUUUUUUUACAGUAUCUAUAAUCGUUAUAAACAAUAAAAUCAAUUAUAUUUAUUUAUUUCCCUCCUUGGGAAAUAAUGGGUUAAUUUAAUUAUAUGGCCAUCACUCCCAUAUCAUCCAAUUGUUUGUUUCUGUACAUCACUUUACUUACUAUACAGUAGCUUAUGACAUAUUUGUAGUUAUACUAGAAGAGCAUAUAUGAUUCCAUUUAUUAAUUAAUUUAACAAGGUCUAUUGUAAGCUUCAUAAUUUCUGCCCCAUAUCUUCAUAGCUGCAUAAACAAACGAUGAAUAGAUAUUAAACUUGUUUUGAUCUGUAAAAAUUUAUAGUAUUUUUUUUUCUUGCAUCUAAUUAUUCUCACAUAAUUACUGUAUUGUAAAAAGUGUCGAGUUAUAUGUAUCAUAUUAUAUUCUGUAGCUUAAUUGAAUUUCCCUUUAAGAUAAAACUAAAUGACUGAAAUAUUAGGCAGCUACUGAGCUUAGAUAGUUUCCAUUUUUAUGAUACUUUUGAGUAUUUUAUUUUGGAGCAAUUUAAAUGAGUGUAAAAUGUUUUAUAUUUAUAAUUAAGAUAAAUGCCGUGAUAAACCCAUAGAUAACUAGUAUAGUAUUAUUAAAUUUACUUAGUACCUACUCAUAUUGUCAUCAGGCCCCAGUGAAAUAUUAUUUAAUAUUGUAUGAAUGUGUCCUAUGCUAAGUGCUUCAAAUCAAAUAGAUUCCAAACUAUAUUCCUCAUUAUAAUAUACAUGAAUAUAACAUUGUUAUAAAAGAUAUGUUAAUAUUAUUCAAUACUAAUCCACAGUUAUAAUUUAUCUAUUAUUCUUGAAAUGAUCAUAUUGGUCUGUACCAUAGUGUUACUAUGUAGAUUUCUGUCUUUGUUUUAAAUGGCUAUUUGUAAUAUUUAAUGUGCUGAUAACUAUUUAUAAUUUAGAAUAAAAUGUUGUAAAUUA